CGUCAUCGAAUCUCGCUGCUUUUCGUCGAUCACUUUGCUCGUUUCGUGCUGUGCUGUCGAGGUUACUGUGAUUCGUAUUCCGACGAGUAGUUUCGGAAGAUUCGAUGAUGGAUGGACUAGGUUAAAAGGUGGGGUUGUAGAUAGGUGUGGAGGAUGCUGUCAUUAGUGAUGUUCGCGUGUUGGAUGAAGCGAAUGGGUUCCUUUUUGGUCGGAGAUGCAUCGAGAAAAGAUGCGUACCAGUAAGAUUCUCCCUUCUGGUGCGAUAGAUCAUCGAGCAGCUGAUGUACGGUGAUUGUGCCGGUGAAUUGUAGCAUAAAACUUUGCACGGGUUUUUAGUCGGUGGCGAAGCAUUAUGGUUAGGAGUUUAUAUUUCUUGAUGGGAGAAGACGGGGACCAGUUGUUGUGAUUUUUCGUUCGCGGGACUUCAUGCUGAUUUUUGAUCGGUGCCUAAUUGUUUGGAUUGCUGGUCUUUUUACUUUAUUGACCACAGUUUGGAUUGGUCUUUUGAUGAAUCUAAUUGAUGAGGAAAGUUAAGAGGCAUGAGAAUGCAUGUUAGGCAAGUGACUCCCGUGUUCGAAAUAGUAAUUCGCUCUGUUGUUUCAAGAAACUUAUCAUGCUUUGAAGCAUCUAGUGAUGACUGAUGGAUUAGGCACGAGACAUUAAAUUUGAUGGAGUUGGCUGCGCUAAAGGCGGCAUUGCUGGUGCUUUGUAGCGAAUAGGCAUGCCGUGGAGAGAGAGAGGUAGGAACAAGAGCGUGAGAUACCAGAUAAAUGAACCUUUCUGUAUUUUCUUAACAUGCCGAUUAUGUCUGCUUUUAGCAUCUAAAGAAUCAACCGCCUUUCUCAUAGGCUGUUUAUGAUGUGCAAUUGUGCAUAACGUUUGUUACAACAUUCAUAUGGGUGGUGGAAGUGUUGCUUAAAAUGGUAGUAGCAAGGGAAACCCCAUUAUUUGUAGGGGAAGUUGAGCGUAUGCUGCUGCUGGUUGUGUCUCGAAAUAACUGAAUGUACACUUCAAAGGCAAAAGAAGCGACAGUUCCUUUAGCGCUCUUGGCUAAGCACAGAAGCCAAGAAUAGAUAAACUUGGAUAUGUGGUUGCAUGAUCUCGUUUCUCUGUCACUCUGUAUUCCUGAAUUAUUGAGUUCAUCAUAGAUAGAACAGAAUGGUGCUAUGUGAUCUGAAGAGUGCAAUCGACAUAUACUCAUGCGUCAGUAUCCAUGGAAGCCCCAAAAGGCCAGCAGGAAAAGCUUUCACCUCCACCUCCACCUCCACCUCUUGCUUCAUGCCGUAAAAAUAAGAAGGAUGAUGCCGCUUUCUUGGAGGAUUUGAAGGAUCACAUCGAUGAAUUCAUCAACGCAUCCAUGAAAGAGCAUAAAACUUGUUUCAAGAAGACCAUGCAAAAGAUGUUUGGAAUGUCGAAGGUUGUUGCAGAAAGGAGUUCCGCCGCCCAGGAAGUUGAAAGUUCUCUGCCGCUUCGGACAACUGUGGCAGAAUCUUUCCCAGAGUAGCAGUUGUGCAGAUCAAAAAGCGUGUUUCCCAGCAGACAGGCAACUCCUAUGUCCUCUGCCCACAAAAAUUGCUUGGGAAUGGCCACCUUUCCACGACCAGAACGAUGUUCCCAUUCACUGGUACAUAAGUUGGGUUUUGCAAUCUCCAUUCGCUUCAAACGUAGAUUUCUGAGGAAUCGGAACAAUUUCUUGGCUCAAUUUCUUGACUAAGAGCCAUUAUUAUCCGCGCACGAUCCACCCAAUAGUGAAUUAAAAAGAUUUUACGGACAAAAA